UGUUGCAUUGUGAAGAUGGCGGAAAUCGGCCCCGGAGACGAAGCGGUCGUUGUAAGUGGAAAUCGGGGCCCCGGCGAGUCCUGCUCCGGCUCGCUGAGGCGCUGCCGUGGGCGCCCCCGGCUCCCUGACUCGGACCGGGCUCAGAGGCGCUUGGAGUCGCGCAAGAAGUACGACGUGAGGCGGGUUUACCUCGGCCAGUCGCACCGGCUGUGGAGCGAGCUGCGCCGGAGGACCGGGCUGAGCGACUCCGGGCUGGCAGAGUACCUGCUGCAGCUGGACGAUCGGUACGGGGACAGGCACCGGGACAGGCACCGGGACAGGCACCGGGACAGGCACGGCAGCAAACAGUUGAAGCAGGAGGCCUGCCCAGUGAAACAGAAGCAGAGGGAGCAGUGUGAUGUGAACUGUCUGCACAGCCUGGUGAGCUGGUACGAGGCGCACCGGCUGACCUGCCCUCACGAGCCGCAGCUCCGAUCCCUGGAGCCGGGACUGGGCUUCUCCGCCAGCGCGGUGUGGCAGUGCCAGGGAGAACACCGCUUCCACCAGCACCUUUCCUCACCGGACAGGGAGGCCAGCGACUCGGAGAACGAGAGCCACACCGACGUGGCUGCGGGAGGGAAUACAGCACCGAGUCAGAGGAGGAAACAGGGAUCCAAACACAGGCAAGACACUGCAGAAAGCACGGAGGACUCAGAGCGCUCUGAGGACUGUGGCACGGCGGAGGGGGGGUGCGGGGAUGCCCCGAUUGCGGGAGAGACGCAGGCGCAGUCCGAUUUCGGAGAGCCCGCCCCAGCGCGGCUUCACGACAGGGAGGUGGGGAUCGAGAGGGGUGGACGGGUCAGCGCAGACCAGGCCCAGGGAAACCACGCCUACGAACAGCAGGAGGAAAAGGGCAGCGUCACCGUACUGCCGCCCGAAACUGACUACGUGGUGGUGACGACCACCGAUCCAGAGACGGUGCCGGAGGACUCCAGCAGGGGGCGCUCUCCUCCACCCCCUGCCGCUCCCCUACGACUUGCCAGCCCAGGGGAGCUGUACGAACAGCAGACUCUAGAGACAGUGGUGGCUAGCUGUCAGAUUGCAGAUGGAGAAUGCUCUAUGGAUGGAUCACAGGUCAUUAUCAUCACAGGGUCAAGCUACGAGGCGCUGGCUUCGGAGGGCAUUCACCUGGAUGUGGGCGGAAGCGCGUCGGGGGGAGUGAGCUGCACAGUGAUAGAGGGGGUCGCGUACAGGCAUGUCUGUGAGGCUGUCCCGGGACACUGCGACAGCGUGCACCCCAUCGCAACCAGCGCAGAGAUUGAGAAGGAAGAGACCGAUGACGGCCUGCUGGAGACGGAGACCCCCCAGAUCGCGUCCGAGGAGACGGAGAUACAAACCGGCUCACGCAGGUCCAAGAGGAGCCGCAGGGGUCCAGUGAUCGAAGCGGACGGCAUGCUGAAGAUGUUUCAUUGUCCGUACGAAGGCUGCAGGCAGGUGUAUGUGGCAAUGAGCAGCUUUCAGAACCACGUGAAUCUGGUUCACAGGAAGGGCAGGACAAAGGUGUGCCCUCACCCUGGCUGUGGGAAGAAGUUCUACCUGUCAAACCAUCUCCACAGACACAUGAUCAUCCACUCAGGGGUCCGUGAUUUCAUCUGUGAAACGUGUGGGAAAUCCUUCAAAAGGAAAAACCACCUGGAGGUGCAUCGAAGAACUCACACAGGAGAGACGCCACUGCAGUGUGAGGUUUGUGGGUACCAGUGUCGCCAGCGCGCCUCUCUAAACUGGCACAUGAAGAAACACAAACCGGACCUGCAUUACAACUUCACCUGUGAGCAGUGCGGCAAGAGGUUUGAGAAGCUGGAGAGCGUCAAGUUCCACAAACUCAAGAGCCACCCGGACAAGCAGGCAGCGUGAGAGACUACAGGCAGUGACCUUCAGACUCUCCUGCGAAACAGGCAGGACUGUCCCUCGCUCAGGACCCUGCAGACUCUCCUGAGAAACAGGCAGGACUGUCCCUCGCUCAGGACCCUGCAGACUCUCCUGAGAAACAGGCAGGACUGUCCCUCGCUCAGGAUCCUCCAGAGAAACAGGCAGGACUGUCCCUCGCUCAGGACUGGAGAAACAGACAGGGCUGUCCGGAUUACACAAGUCUAAACAGAUUUUCAGUCUUUGAAAGGGACUGACUGAGAGAGACAGCCUAUUAUAACGAAGCUGCUAUGCACAGUAGUGGGUAGUGCAGCAUUGUGUAUGUCUGUUUUUGUUUAUCAAGAACAUGUGUUCGGAUGCCAGCGCUGGAAGUGGGAACGGCUGGCCGGCUUUAUCAGAUACGCCUCGUCUCCGAUCAGCAUCCCAGACUGACGCGAGGGGCUGCUUCCAACAUUUUUUCUCUGUUUCAUAAAUUUGCACGCAAGGCAGCAGGAAAACGGAAAGCUUUGAUAGGGCAGAUCCUCGAACGCAUCCUAGCACGGAGUUUUGCUCCAGCCCUAGUAGCGACCCUCCACUAGCGUUGCAGAAGCAACCCGUUGCUGGGAUGUGCUAGAGAAUUAGUUUCGUCUUCGCCGUUUGCUGUAACCUGAUUUAUUCUCGAUAAGCGCACUGCAGUGAUCGUCUAAAGCGGGGAUUAGCGCCGCUGCUACCGACCGGAGUCGGGGUCACGGUCCGGUUUCCAGCGCCUUUUUAAAAACCCGGUUCCUUCGAAGGAAUCGGAGUUGAUGUUUUAGAGAAGUAGUAAGUGUUGUGAUCGCUCAGCUGCUUUCAUUGGAGGCCAGUUUAACUGACUCGCAAACAGCAGCUUCAGUGCAGCCCCCGUGAGACGCUCAUUGGAGCAGAAAGCCGCUGAUCGGAAUUCUGAUCACUGGGAAUGGAUUCAAAGCGAAACGGAAAUUGGACAAACAGGAAGUGACCUCAGCCCUGCUCCCAAGAUGCAUUUGCUCCUGUCUCUCUCUCUCUCUCUCUCUCUCUCUCUCUCUCUCUCUCUCCCUGCGGACAGAGAUGCUGGGGAAGGGGAUGCCAGUGCCACGUAAUUCAGCUCCUUCAGCGGCUUGGCUUCGUCCCUCUAUUGAGGGAGAGAACAGCGGCAUGGCUUCCAUUAAAACAAAACAGGAGCGACAAGGAGAACAACCGAAAGUGGAGAAAGUGACAGUCCGUGGGAGGAGAAACAGGGUUGAUGGUAAUGACAGGGACCCCUGGGAGCAGAGACGCUGGGAAUGUCUUUGGCAUCCAGCCCUAGUCUUCACGCAAGUAGUGUUUUAAAAGACCUCUGUUUUACAUGGAAAAAUGCUACAUGUCUACAUCUGAACUGAUUCAGUUGAUGUUUGUUCCAGUAUUUUGAGAUUAGAGGGGGUGACAGUUGCGUGAGAGAGUGUUUGUAUUAACGGCAAAGGGUAAUUCCUUUAAAAAACAAACAAAAAAAAAAAAAACUGUGUUGGCAAAGUGUAAAGGGCUGUAUUCAUUUGCAUCUUCAAACGUAAAAUCUGUUUUUUAUUUUGUGUACCGUAUCCAAAAAACUGAGUAGAUGCACAGAUCAGUUAAUCUUGGUCAAUUUUAGCUUGUCCUCAUUGUGAAAUUGCCAGCGUUGACAUUUCUGUAUGAAGUAUUUCUGUAUGCAGUACAUAUGCACUGAAAGACUGGAAAGCUGCAUAUAAUAUAUAUAUAUAUAAUUACACUACACAUGUAAAAUACUUGUAUAUAAAGCCUUGUACAGAAAUUGAACAAUAAACGGAUAUUUUUUCCAGUAA